AUGUUUAUUCAAAUGAAAACACAGUUGCAAGAAUGCGCUCGCCCGGCCGGCGCCAGAUCGAGCAAACAAUCUGUUGAGCAAGGAGACAUAAAGUUGUUUCGAUUCUCCGAAGCUGCCAGAGGUGGCCAAGGCAAGAAGGGGCCGCAAAGCGGCUCCAGUGCUACCAGUAGUCGAGCUACGAAGAAGACAGCUCACAGACUGGUGGAGAGACGGCGCCGCGACAAGACAAACGAGGCAUUUGCUGUCCUAGAGAGCAUGAUUCCCGCCUGUACCGGUAACGUCCACAAACUUGCCAUCCUCCAGGCCUCCAUCGAUUAUAUACGAUACCUUGAAAAUUGUCUGGCUAAGCUGAAAUGGCGAUUGGGUGACCAUCAGAGCUGGGACAAACCCGGGCACGUCUCACUACCUUUCAUCCGUGACUUUCAUGCAGAACCCAGAGGCCGUGUAGAGCUGUUUGACUCUGAUAUUGCGUCGCCUAUUAUCGCCGGGCAGCUCGACCGCGCCCGUCACCCAUCUACUCCAUCUCCGGAAGCUAAGGAUACAGAUGACCACCAGCUAUCUUGUUCAUCUGUAUUAACAUACCAGAACCAUCACCGCCUCAGUAGCUCGGUAGCACCUCUGCCAGCUUUCAGUCCGCAAUCCCACGGCAUGUAUUCGCCUAGCAGUGCGCCAGGACCAAGGUCCACUAGCCCGCCCCGGAACAAGCCGACGGAUCUCGACUACGAGGCAGCCGCAGCGUUGCUGAUGUUCAGCACUCAUGGGCAAUACACUAAUGUUAUUCCAAGAAGUCGAGGCUUAUCCGUUCACGACCUGCUCUGUACCUAA